CUCUAGAAUCAUCCAAAAUGGAGCCUCUCACAGCCUACUCUUUGAGAUGUUCAGGGCCCAAAGCAAAGGUAUUUGCAGUUUUGCUGUCUAUGGUUCUAUGUACAGUAAUGUUAUUUCUUCUACAACUAAAAUUCCUAAAACCUAAAAUCAACAGCUUUUAUACAUUUGAAGUGAAAGAUGCAAAUGGAAGAACGGUUUCUCUGGAAAAGUUUAAAGGCAAAGUUGCACUAGUUGUAAACGUGGCUAGUGACUGCCAACUCACAGACAGAAAUUACUUAGCACUGCAGGAACUGCACAAAGAGUUUGGACCAUUCCACUUCAGCGUCUUGGCUUUUCCAUGCAAUCAGUUUGGAGAAUCGGAGCCCCGCCCAAGCAAGGAAGUAGUAUCUUUUGCAAGAAAUAACUUCGGAGUAACAUUCCCCAUCUUCCACAAGAUUAAGAUUCUAGGACCUGAAGCAGAACCUGCAUUUAGAUUUCUUGUUGAUUCGUCAAAGAAGGAACCAAGAUGGAAUUUCUGGAAGUAUCUGGUCAACCCUGAAGGUCAAGUUGUGAAAUCUUGGAGGCCAGAGGAACCCAUUGAAAUCAUCAGGCCUGAGAUAGCAGCUCUGAUUAGACAAAUGAUCAUAAAAAAGAAAGAGGAUCUAUGAAAAUGCCAUUGAAUCAUUCUAAGGCAAUAGUCAGAAUACAGAAAUGUCUCCGUGAGGGUUUGAUCCCAUUUUAAAUACUCUGACAAUUAAAUGUGGCACUGAAGGAUGA